AUGGGACGGAACGACCCCAUCGACCAGACCAUAGAGUUGGGCUACCGGUCACCAACGACACCAUCGCUAAUGUCACCAGAUGCGGUCUCGAUCGGUACCACCAACAAGCCUCUACUGUCCGAGGACCCUUACGACGAAAACUCGGAAGACAGGUACUUUGAUCGCAAGUCCCGAAAGCCGUGGCACGUACACGUCGGGAACCACGAGGAUGGCCCAAAGAGAGUCAUCCAGAGGACGGCCCCGAGACUCCUGACGGCCUGGCUACCUCACGCCCCGGCCAUUGGCGUCACCUGCAUCCUCAUCUGGCUGAGCCACUCGCAGACGUUCUGGUACCCCGAGAGCGGCCCGGACAUCCCGUUCAUCGGCCGCUUCGGGAGCAGACACACCGUCGUCGCCAACGUCCUCCAGUUCGCGUCCAAGCUGCACGAGCUCAUGGUCGUCGCCUCCCUCGCCGCCAUCGCCCUCUCCAUGUUCCGCCGCAGGCUCGUCAGCGACGGCGUCCGACUCGGCUUCCUGACCGGCGGCUACCGCCUGGGCGACCUGGCCUACCUGACGAGCGGUGCGUUCUGGGGGCUGGGUCGCGUGGGCACGACGGAGAUCAUCCUCGUCACGUUUGUCGUGUUGGGCACCAUCAUGUCGACCAUCAUCGGUCCCGCCUCCGCCAUCCUCUUCGUGCCGAAUCUCGGCUGGUUCAACCUUCCGGGGGCGUUCGACAACGUCAAGAUGCCCCUCGCGUACACCCUCAACCCCAAACAAGCCUGGCCGCAGCUUUUGGAUUCCAGUCUGCAUCACUUCGCCAAGACCCCGGAGUGCAAGACGACCGAGAGCAUCUACCAGCCGCAUUGCUACGCCGGAGGCUUCUCGGAUAUGUGGAACUGGCUGGGGGGUUUCCGCUACACGGACUUGGACAACAACCUUACCUUCUCGUCGGAGAUUGGCCGUCGCUUGGAACUUCACGAAGACAAGUCCGUCGCGCUGUUCACCACGCCAACGAGCUUCGCGAUGAAGAGUCUUGGUCUCUUCACAACCUACAUCCAGAAGUCGGAAAGCGUUGGCAUCCUGCACGACACUCAGCGCUACAAGCUCACCACCACGUCAGAGAUGAAACAGCCGUUCCUGCAGGGAAAGUGCGCCGUGUACGACAAAGACGAGCUGCUGCAGAGCGGCGCGGAGGCCAAGUUCCCCAUCGAGGCUCUGAACUGCCACGGCGACGGGGACUGCAUCACCCUCCAGCGGAAUCCCCCCAUCGUCGAUCGGGACUACUGGAACUCGAGCAAAGAUGCGACGCAGGGCCUGUUCGACAUGUCAUACAACGCCGCUCCCAAAGUCAAGUCCGUCAUCACCGUGGCGGGCACGAUGCCCUACGCCUCGAAGGACAUGGAGCAGAAGACGUGGGUGUACGCGUGCAACUACGUCGCGCGCUGGGUCCCCGCGACCUUCAGCGUCGACCCGGACACGAACAACAUCAUGGACACCAACGUCAGCUCGCCCGCGGUCAUGAGCGCGCUCUUCCAGGACGAGACGCCCCACAGGGACAGCGUCAUCCAGGUCGACCGGUCCUGGCUGACGGGCACGAACCCGCAGUUCGAAAUCACAAACACCAUCUACUACACCAACACCAAGACCUACAACGACACCCUCGUCAAGACGUCCCCCCUGAAGCUCAUGCUCAACCGCUUCCUCUACUUCUCCACGCGCCCCGACGGCAGGAUCGUGCGCUACUUCGACACCAUCGACGACAGCAAGCGGCCCGAGGUCGGCAAGGGCGACACGGAGCUCUUCCUCGCCAAGCUCUUCGGCGUCUUCUUCACCGACAGCAUGGCGCGCAUCUCCUCCAACGGCAACACGAUCCUGAUCCUCGAAGAAGAGAAGAAGAACCUGACGUGGGUCAACCUGGCGGUGCAGAACGGCCUCUUCUCGGGCGCGCACAGCUACGUCGACGUCGAGGGCAACACGUCGUGGCCGACCAGCGAGUUCGUCAACAGCAACUUCAACCCGACGCCCCGCGACAAGACGGUCGACUUCUACACGCAGCAGAUGCGCGACGACUACCUGCAGAUCGGGCUGGCCGCGGAGCGCCACGGCUACGGCUCGGGCCAGUCCUCCAAGACGCUGCAGUUCGCGCUGGUCGUCAUGUACAUCUACCUCGGCGUCGUCGGGGUGUACGGCGGCGUGGUGCUCGUCUCGCAGGCGCUGGACUGGAUCGGGUGCGCGGUGGGGGGCAAGGGGCUGGACCUGAGGGGCGUGACGGCGUGGAGCGACCUGCAGGACCUGGUGCUGUUGGCGCUGCGGUCGGAGAGGCCGCCGGACGGGGAUCUGACGCACGUCGGGGCCGGGGUCGGGUCCGGGACGGGGGUGUGGGAGAAGGUUGUUAAAGUCAGGGUCGGGGACGGGAAUGCGUUGCAGCUUGUGUUGGACGAGCGGGAGGAUAUGAUGAGGCCGCGGAAGGGGGACAAGUAUUCGUAG